UGAGGUUCCUGAGCCUAAUACUUUUUGGGAAGAGACAGUAUAUGUAUUUAUGUACAUCAAUCUUUCACCUAAAAAGAAGGACCCAUGUGUUGGUUGCAGGCCAUCUUUAAGAGCUCAGUCAACGACAAUCUGAUUAUUAUCCUCCCCACACUUUCCCGUUCCGUUUGGGGUCCGAUUUUUUUUUUUUUUAAUCUAUGAAGGAAGAUCAAUACGGAUCCAGUAGACCGGGGUUGCUAACUGUUCAACACCAUACGCCGUGAUAAAACACGUCUAAAAUGAAAGACAGAACGUUCUGCCUCGUGGUGGGCAUCUUCUCUGCCCUGAACACCAUCCAGUUCCUCAUCUUUGACCUGAACCACAUUACCACCAUCGGCUUCGAGGACAAAGUCAGCAUCUACAAGGAAACAAAAUCUGAGGUCGUGUCUUGGAUGCUGACCCACAAGAAAAGCAUCAGCUUUGUCUUAGGCACCCUCACCAUCACCUUCAGCCUGCUGCUCAUCUACUGUACCCACUGGAACAAGUACUUGGGGCUGCUGUGCUACACCACGUGGAUCAUUGCCUAUGAGCUCAUCAGCUUCUCCAUGGUCAUACUAAUCCAUGGCGUCAUCGAAGAGCAGUUCAAGGAGCUGAGUUACCUGUACUGGAUCUUCCAAAUCUCCCGUAUGCUCCUGCACUUCUUCUGUCUGCCUUUCCUCAUUAGGCAUGCCUACGUCCUUUACAAGGACCCCAAGAUUUUAAGCAAAAUAGCUCGCCGCAGGCAUUCCUCCGUCAGUACGAUGGAUUCGUGGUCCCCUGUUGGGAUGGGAACGCUGUACCGAAAGCUGAACUGAACCCUGCCAAGAAGAAGAGGAAGAAAGGGAUGGCGCUCUUCAGCCAUAGCUCCCUUCUCCCUAACCUGCCUUCUGUUGAUUCCGCUCAACUUCUCAGCGUUCCUGAGUUCUAGGCGCUGAAGAGUAUUCUUGGGGGAGGGUAGGUUGCAUAGACCAAUUACUGUGCACGUGUGUGUGACCUGUUUUAAACCUGUGUGUGACCUGUUUUCGCCUUUUACUAAACACCACCUCUGUUCUUGCUUAACCAUCUCAUGGGCAUAUGCUGU